GUGGCAACGAAGAUGACUUGACUUGCACACUCACUUGUUAAUCAAGAUUGAAUUGAUCGAGAUUAUGUAAUGCAACAGUUUUUACAAGUUUAGAGCUUAGACUUAGAGCUGACACUGUAGGGAGACCAAGUUUGCCAAGAAGCGCUGGGUAAUCAUCAAACGUUCCCCAAGAGGAGAUACAAUCUCAAUGGUUUGUAUUUUGCCUCUGUAUGAGUGGAGUGAGAAGUUCUUUCAACAUGUGGAACUGAACAGGAAAAAGCUGAGCGAAAAUUUUUAAGUCUGAGGUUUCGGUUGUCUCCAGCUCUCGGCAAAGGUCCGGAAAAGCCCCUUGUGCCUGUUGAUGCAGUAUCCAUGAUUUUACCCGUUUAGUGCGGUUUCAAAAAGGCCAAGGGCUGACAAUGCAAGUGUCAUUUGUAACUUAACUGACAUAAUUGAAAAAGCCACAUGAAUCCGUCUGUAAUGAGCGCGGCUGAUGUAAACAAAGGCCUGAUGUCAUUGAAAGAGGAGAAUCAAGAUCUGAAUGAAAUGGAAGAGAAAGAUCACAAGACGCAUCGUGAUUUUAAAACUGAAGAAAAAUCUUUUAGUUGCUCAAAGGCUGAAGAAACGUUCUUGCGAAAAAGGGCUCGAAAGUCAAGGAAUAUAGGAAAUUUAACCUGCCAUCUGUGUGGACUAACUUUAAAACAACAAGGAAACCUUAGUCCAUAUGAGAAUUCACACAGGAGAGAAGCCUUACACCUGCCCUCAGUGUGGAAAGAGUUUCAAUGUACAUGGAAACCUUAAAGUCCACAUGAGAGUUCACACUGGAGAAAACCCUUUCACCUGCUCUCAGUGUGGAAAGAGUUUCAGACAAAAAGGAAACCUUAAAAAACACAUGAGAGUUCACACUGGAGAGAAGCCUUUCACCUGCCAACUGUGUGGAAAAAAUUUCAGCCGAAAAGGAAUUCUAGACAAGCACUUGAGAAUUCACACUGGAGAGAAGCUUAUUAUAAAGAUUGCGUUUAUUAAAGAGGAGAGUGAAGACAUGAGGAUUAAGGAAACAUUUUGUGUGAAACAAGACGAAACUGAGGAACCAACAAACAUGACGUUUAUUAAAGGGGAGACUGCAGACAUGAGGAUUGAAGAAACAUUUAGUGUGAAACAAGAAGAAACUGAGGAACAAAUCAAGAUGGUGUUUAUUAAAGAGGAGUGUGAAGACAUGAAGAUUGAAGAAACAUUUCGUGUGAAACAAGAAGAAACUGAGGAACAAACCAAGAUGGUGUUUUUUAAAGAGGAGACUAAAGAAAUGAGGAUUGAAGAAACAUUUAGUGUGAAACAAGAAGAAACUGAGGAACAAACACAGAUGGCGUUUAUUAAAGAGGAGACUAAAGACAUGAUGAUUGAAGAAACAUUUAGUGUGAAACAAGAAGAAACUGAGGAACAAACAGACCUGAUGCCGUUGAAAGAGGAGAGUCAAGAUCUGAAUGAAAUGGAAGAGAAAGAUCAGGAGAAGACCCAUCAUGAUUUCAGAACUGAAGAAAAGCCUUUGAAUUGCUCACAGACUCAAACAACUUCCUCACAAAAAAGGGCUCGAAAGACAGGGAAUAUAGGUGAUUACACCUGCCAUCUGUGUGGACUAAAUUUCAGAAAGCCGGGAAACCUUGAAGUCCACAUGAGAGUUCACACUGGAAGGAAGCUUUACCCCUGCGAAGAGUGCGGAGUAAUUUUCAGUCAACAAGGAACCCUUAAAGUCCACAUGAGAAUUCACACUGGAGAGAAGCCUUUCACCUGCUCUCAGUGUGGAAACAGUUUCAGGCAAAAAGGAAACCUUAAAAACCACAUGAGAGUUCACACUGGAGAGACCCCGUACAUUUGCAAACAGUGUGGAAUGAGUUUCAGGCAAAAAGGACACCUAAUUUACCAUUUGAGAGUUCACACUGGAGAGAAGCCUUACACCUGCCAACAGUGUGGAACAAGUUUCACUCAGAAAGGAAACCUUACAAAACACAUGCACAUUCACAACAGAAGCAAUCCUUAACAUGCCAACGGUGUGGAAAAUAAGGUUUAAUCAAUAUGAAAACCUUAAAGGGGUCAUUGUUUUUUUGUUUUCUGGGGUGCCCUUAUAAUCUCAGAAUAAUUUUUACCUUAUUUUUUUUUCAAAUAAUAAAAAAGAAGCAUUUUUUUAACUCUGAUUUAAGCCUCCGAUUUGAACGCUCUGUUUGAAGGGGCGUGUCUGGUGUGAGACUUCAGUGGAAAGGCCCACUGCUGUGAUUGGCUGACAUCUUUGCAAAUGAAAUAGCUAGAAUUACAUUUUUAUAUUUUCAUACAAAUUAUUUACGACAGCUAUCGAGAAGGAAUCGUGAAAAGCAUAGUUUGAAGCAUUGUAUUUAGAUCUGUUCAUCACAUGAAAGGUUGCAGUGAUGAACAUUGAGCAGAUGACAGACAGUCUGUUGAUCGCGUGAAUUAAAGGUUCUCUAAGCGAUGUGGGGCCAAAACAUUUUUUGUCACAUACAUCAAACGUCUCCUCACUAUCGGCUA